GCGGACGCCGAGAAGGGCCAGCUUACGCGCAGUCUGCGCGACAGCCAGGAAAGCCUGGAGCGGGUGCUGGACAAGCACCGGCAGCGGCACCAGCUGGCCAUGCUGGAGAUCAGCCGGCUGCAGACAGACAUCCAGCACAUGCAGGCCUCCGAGACCAACUCGUCAGAGGCCGUCGUCAACCUGCGCAACGAGGUGGCACGGCCGGCGCUCACCGCGGUGACGUCGCUGCGCAGCCGCCUCUCCGAGUCGGAGGUGCACGUGGGCGACCUGCAGUCGGACUUGUCGGUGCUCAGCCAGCUGACGGCGCUGACGCAGGGCACGCUGUCCAGCACGCAGGAGGACAUGCUGGGCGUCAGCGAGGAGCUGGCCCAGCUGUACCACCAGGUCUGCCUGGCGCACGGCCAGACGCCCCAUCGCGUCAUGCUCGAGCACAUGCAGAACGUCAAAACUCUGGGCGAGGGCAGUCCCAGCCGCGAAGGGUCACCCAACAGCUCGUUCGCGCCCACCAAGUUCGAGCAGCUGAUGAGCUCGCUGAAGCUGGCCAAACCGCUGAAGGAGGGCGAGGCGGCCGACCCGACCCUGGUCGCCAAGCAGAUGGAGACGAUCACGGACCAGGUCAAGUACCUGCGCCGCGCCGUGGAGCACGUGAUGGACCUGAACAAGCAGUCGGCGGUGAUCAAGCUGAAGAGCCUGCUGUCCACGAAGCGGGAGCAGAUCGCCACGCUGCGCACCGUGCUCAAGGCUAACAAGCAGACGGCCGAGGUGGCGCUGGCCAACCUCAAGUCCAAGUACGUCAACGAGAAGACUAUUGUCAGCAAGACCAUGAUGAAGCUGCGCAACGAGCUGCGCCUGCUCAAGGAGGACGCGGCCACCUUCUCCAGUCUGCGCGCCAUGUUCGCCGCUCGCUGCGAGGAGUACGUCACGCAGGUGGACGAGCUGCAGCGACAGAUGGCCAGCAGCGAGGAGGAGAAGAAGACGCUCAACUCGCUGCUGCGCAUGGCCAUCCAGCAGAAGCUGACGCUCACCCAGAAGCUGGAGGACCUGGAGCUGGACCGCGAGCGGCGGCCGGCGCGCUCCUCCGCCGCGCAGUUUCUGUCCGUCGCCGUCGGUCGUGAGUCGCCGUGCCAGCUCCUGCGCGUCGCUCGUACUUAA